AUGGCUGCAGUGAUCUUCUACAAACCUCUUGAUGUUUGUAUCAUGGAAGUCUAUAUUGACAAUCAAGGCUCUGAAAUUCAUGCCUUAAAACCACAGAUCAUUGACAUUCUACAUCCAGAAAGACCAAAUGUUUCCAAGGCGAAGUUGAAGGAAAAAUUGUCUAGGAUAGAUGAGGUGAAAGACCCAACUACCAUCUUUGUUUUUAAGUUCCGGACCCAUUUUGGAGGAGGCAAAUUUAUUGGUUUUUGUUUGAUUUAUGAUUCUGUUGAGAAUGCAAAGAAAUACGAGACAAAAUAUAGGCUCAUCAGGAACGGCCUGGACACAAAGGUGGAGAAGUCAAGGAAGCAAUUGAAGGAAAGGAAAAACAAGACCAAGAAGAUACAUGGUGUAAAGAAGAUAUUUCUCGAGUAG